ACCAGUCUCGAAAAAACCGAAGGAUGGCUUUUGUUAUCCAAAAACCAUGGAUUCUUUUCCACCUUAAGCUGCCACUGGUUUUUCACUUUCUUUACCACUAUAUAGAGACCCACCAACACCUUUCACUUCUUCAACGCAUCAACACUUGUAUUACAGAAAAUAUGAACGCUACGAAGAAAGCUUGGGUUGUGGCUGCCACCAUUGGUGCAGUGGAAGCACUCAAAGAUCAAGGUAUUUGCAGGUGGAAUUACACUAUCAGGUCUAUACAACAACAUGCCAAGAACAAUAUUAGAUCGUUCGCUCAAGCCAAUAUGGUUUCUUCUUCUGGUUCUGGAUCUUCAGGAUCUGUGUCUGCUUCUGGGUCUUCAUCAACACCACCGACACCAGCAGCAGCAGCUAUGUCUAAUGAGAGUAGGAUUAAUCCUAAUGGUAAGUUGAAGAAGAAAGAGGCUUCUUUAGAGAAAGUACUGGUUUUGAGCUGCUGGGGUCCUAGCACUACUAGAUUUUAGUGGUCAUAUUCAAAUCGAAUAUGUAUGGUUUCUGUUAAUAGAUCUUCUAGCUAGCAAUGAUUAUCAAUUUUGAUCCAUCAUUAUAAUGAAAGAAAUCUUUGUGGAA